AUGGCUAUCAAAUAUGGCACUCUGACAGAGGAUCUCCCCGCAGCACCUUGUGGAUACGUAGUCUCCGAGGACAUUGAGAAACUGAAAAAAGCAGGAUCACUGCUCUGGCAGGCAUGUAACGAGGCUUCGGAUGCUAUCGAGGUUAUUGUCUGGGAUGCGAGCGAGGCGGAACCACAGGGACAUAUUCCGCUGGCGUUGGAGCGGACCGGCGUGACUGAUGAAGUCAAGAGUCUGGUCCGUGAGAUUCAUGAUGAGACGGAAUCUUCCUGGUCCGGAAUCUCCUCCGACCUUGAAAUUAUCCAUCAAGGUCGAGCGUCGUCGCACGCUGGUUCAAAAGACUCGUACUUCGCAACUAUGGUUUUCAUUAACAGCGAAGUACGAGCGCUUGGAUAUUGGAUUCUCAAUAAUAUACUCAAGACGGCAGAGACCCAGCCCCAUUUCAACCUGGAGCACCUAAUCAGCAUGUAUAGGGUGUUCGUCCCCACGCCGACGGAAUUCGUUGGCUACGUUGGCGCCAAUUUUCUCUGUUCGGUUAAUAGAAAGAUUGAGGUUGUUUUGAAAGAGAUGAUUGAGCAAAUGGAAGAUCAGCAGGCUGCUCGAGAGGAUUUCCUCGCCUUAGUGAGUGCGUUGGCACGGUGUGUGAAUAUGUUAAAUGCCCAGAAUCUGCAGCUGUUUCCAUGGAAGCAUGGGAGUGAGUAUCCUGUUUAUGUGGAUUGA